CGGUUUAGCAGGUCGGCCAUUAUUCCAAAAUGUAAUUCGAAAAGUCUCGCUACGUGCCGCUGCUAUCGAUAAUAAGAAAUCGAGGUCGUAGUGACAUCUCAACGACUGCGUUCAGGAAACAUGAAAGUUGAGUGAACGUUUUAUUAUUGGAAUAUUCCUUUAGAUUUACCAUGGAUCUGAAAGAAUGUCUCAAUCAAAAGCAUUAAUCACAACUCGGUUGCACCGUUGUGCUCGGAACGUUGUGUUCGGGUCAAGCCGUAUUUCCCGGUAAGCGGACAUUUUAAUUUAAAAAUUAUGGGAAUAUGUCUCCCGCGAAGAACAAUAUGAACAAGUUAGUAGUUUCAUGUAGAACACGCGUGUACAUAUUUAGAUACUUGAAUAUUCGGGAGGAGCGGAUCUAACAUAUUUGAUCCAUGUCGGAAUUGUGAGUACAUAUGUGGAUUCGAAGGGAGCUUAACUGAAAUCAACAUGAUAGAAAUCACGGCAAAACUCAUCCGUGGCCCUGUAUAUUUCUCCGGAGAGAUUGUAGAAUGUUUGGUUACCUUCACUAAUCCACCAAACCCAAUACAUCAGAUAUCACAAAGCCACAGUGAUCUGUUUGAAAGUCUUGCUUGGGCAAGUGCACAAGUUCACUGUCAAUGCUCGACAAAUAGUAAAGUGGUGUUCUCGGAGAAAAUAAACACUACUGCUCGUUCAGUUGCAAUCAAUGCAAAUACUACAUUUGCACCAUGGCAGCAAGACAAUGGGCAUGUGGUACUGAAUACAAAGCCAAAGAUCUUGUUUUGUGACUUAAGAUUGUCACCCGGUGAAAGUAAAACUUAUAUCUAUCGCGAAACAAUACCGAGUGAUGCUCCACCUUCAUACAGAGGGCAAGCUGUAAAAUAUUCUUACAAGAUCACAAUUGGGACGCAAAGAGUGAACACAGCUAUAAAACUGUUACGUGUACCUUUCAGAGUGCUGUCGUUGAGUGAAUUGCCAGAGAUAAUGGCGUGCAACGACAGUGUGGAUCUGAGUCCGAAUAAUCCGUUCAUGGAGACGCAGCACAGAGAGACUCCGUUGGAUAUCGCUCUGCAAACGCUGCAGAAUUUGACAGCCAGACGCAGCCCGAAUUUCUACAACGUGACGAACGGCCGCGGCCGCGUGGUGCGAUUCUGUCUCUUCAAGAACUCCUACAAGCUCGGCGAAGACAUAGUCGGCACGUUCGAUUUCUCGAACGCGACCGUGUCGUGCGCCCAGGUGUCCGUGUCCCUGCAGUCGGAGGAACACGUUUCCGAGGAGUACAGGCGCGGCAAAGUCACCGCACCCACCCUCGUCAGUUACAACAAGCACCACGAGAUGUGCCUGGGCCUCAAGUACUCGCACUUGGUGCUGCCUAUACCGCUACACGUCACGCCUGACUUCACCACCGAUCUGGUGACGCUCAAAUGGCGGCUGCACUUCGAGUUCGUCACGACGCCGAAGCUGGUGGAAAUGCCGGGCGGCAGCACCAUCAGUUGGGCGGGGCCGCCCACGUUGGACGUCGAAACGAUGAUUUGGGACCUUCCAUUGCACAUCCAUCCCACCACCACGCCGCCCAACACGGCCCAGCAGACGAAAUAUAACAUAGUUAUUUAGCCACUGCAGCAGUAGCUGCGUUAAGUGCAAUGUUUUAAGUGCGAUUUAAGAGCAUCGUUAGGACGUUUCGACGAUGGACACGUUACAGAGAGCAACGUCGCAGUACGAUAAACGGACUCCCUGCGAUACGACUGAACACAGUUCGCAUCCAUGUGUUUGCAAUUGCCGUCGCGAAGGAAAAAGAUAUAUUUUCGUGUAUUUAAGUAUCUACAAGUGCGAGGUAAGUCGAUGACAGAAUAUAAUCACGUUUGAUGAUCGCCGA